GCCGCCUUUUACUCAAGCCCUUUCGAUGUUUACGGAGACUUUGACCCUCUUUGACCUCGGUCUUCGAUGCACUCUCUUCCUAGGAUACGAUGACUGUUCGGAAUUUUCUUUGGGGCCAAGCUCCAUCUACGAAACAAGAGAGGAAUCUUCUGUUCAAACUAGACUUCUUCAUCCUCUCGUAUACCUGCUUGGUGUAUUUUACCAAUUAUCUGGACCGCUCAAAUAUCAAUAAUGCCUACGUGUCUGGCAUGAAAGAAGAUUUAUCUAUGGAAGGGACGGAUUUCAAUAAAAUUCUUACUAUCUUUACCUGUGGUUAUAUUGUCGGAAUGAUACCAAAUAAUCUCAUGCUCCAAAUACUUCCACCUCGUCUUUGGUUGCCGUUGUGUCAGAUAGUGUGGGGGGUCUUGACAUUUUGCACAAGCGCAGUGACCAAUGUUCAGCAGGUCUACGCAAUCCGGUUCUUCCAAGGCAUCGCUGAAUCCUCGACAUUUGUUGGGACCCAUUAUAUUCUCGGAUCGUGGUAUAAGCCUGGAGAGUUAGGCAAACGAUCAGGCAUAUUCACAAGUUCUGGAUUAGCAGGAACGUUGUUCUCGGGAGUUCUACAAGGCGCUGUAUACAGUAACCUCAAUGGGGUAUCUGGACGAAGUGGUUGGCGUUGGCUAUUUAUUAUUGACGGAGUCAUAACUCUCCCCAUUGCAUUAUAUGGGUUUUGGCUCUUCCCCGAUGUACCAGCUACCACUAAAGUGUUCUAUCUGAGCGAUGAAGAUCGACAAUUAGCAGCUUCGCGACUCCAAGGAUAUGUUGAAGUCAGACAUUCUCCACUAUCCUGGAAGCUAGCCAAAAAAGUGUUGACGCGAUGGAGGUGGUAUGCAUGCAGCCUUUUGUUUGCCAUUUCCGGUGAAACGGAAAGUUUUGGUUCAAAUAAUUUAAUGGGACAAUGGCUCAAAGCUAUCGGUGGAUAUUCCGUCGAGCAAACGGAUUAUUAUCCUUCUGGAGUUACUGCUUUUGGUAUCCUCUCGACGCUGGUCUGUGCAGUCUGGACAGAUUACACGCAAGUGAGGUGGCCAGUACUUGUAUACAUGUCAGUAUCCUGCAUUGUGGCGAGCGUCUGCAUCCUGGUGUGGAACAGUCCAACCGGUUUGAAAUUCUUCGCAUACUAUCUUGCAGGCGCCUCUUAUUCAGGCCAGGCGACAACUUUUGCAUGGGCGAACCAGAUUUGCGCUGACGACGAUCAGGAAAGAGCAAUCGUUUUGGCAUCGAUGAAUAUGUGGAACAAUGUCGUCAACGCAUGGUGGUCUAUCGUCUUCUACCCUGCCACAGAUGCUCCGAAAUUUACGAAAGGAAUGAUUGCAAUGAUCGUGAUUUGCGUCGCGACUCUCGCGGUGACUGGUCUGGUCUGGUAUCUGGAGAGAAGGGAGCAUAGACUUGGCAAUAGAUUGGAGGAUACUCCUACAAGGGAUAGCGAGCAGGAGGAGAACCAGUCAACGAAGGAGAAUACAUAGUCAGAGUAAUACGGCUCGUCAGAGCUUUCACAAAUGAAAAGCAGCACUUGCGAUAAACGGUU